GUGAUUGGCUGGCUUGACGUGUUUCCCGUUCACAACGGCGAGUACUCCAUUUUCAUCUUAUUCGCGAGUGCAGAGGAUGCUGACUGACUGACUUCCUGUUUUGCUUUAUGAUUCAGCGAUACUACACAAGAAGAAGAAGAUAGAUCUGUGUGCAAAUUUAACCAAGCACCCAUUUGCCUCUGUUUUCUAUAUAACCCAUCUCCCGUCUUUAAUUUUAGACUAAGAAAGCUACCAGAUUCGGCGAGAUAAAGACUCUGUGCAUCAAUGGCGUUUGUGUCUUUCCUUGGAAGAAUUUUCUUCGUCUCUGUGUUCAUCCUCUCAGCAUGGCAAGAGUUCAAUGAAUUCGGUGUUAAUGGUGGGCCUGCAGCGAAAGCCUUGAAACCCAAGUUCAAUGUAUUCUCUAACCAUGUCACUACUCAUAGUGGGAUAGUUGUGCCCGAGUUGGAAAUCAAGUACAUAGUUGCAGCUUCAAUAGCUUUGAAAGGAUUGGGUAGCCUCCUUUUCAUCUUUGGGAGUUCAAUUGGAGCUUAUUUGCUGCUUCUUCAUCAGCUAAUAGCUACUCCCAUAAUCUACGAUUUCUACAAUUAUGAAGCAGAUAAGGGAGAAUAUUCUCAACUUUUUGUCAAGUUCACUCAGAAUCUGGCAUUGUUUGGGGCUACUCUCUUUUUCAUUGGCAUGAAGAAUUCAAUCCCAAGAAGAUUGAUAAAGAAGAAGGCUCCAAAAUCCAAAACAGUCUAAAAAGAAGGCCAAGUAUGGGCAGUUUUUUCAUCUUUUUUGUUUUUUUUUUGUGUUCGAAAUGUCACCAAAUCUGGUUUUUCUAAAUUUCUUUUUGUAUGCUUGCACUUUCUUUCUUUCUUGUCUCCUUAGUAGAGCUCUGAAUGUACCGGUUUUAUUUAAAUGAAGGCAAAUUUUGAAUUUAAGGAACAUUUGUUUAUGAAGAAGAGGCUCUUUCUUUUGUUGUU